ACUAUUUCCUUGACGAUAAUAAACAAUAUGGCGGAUAAUCCAGACAAAAUCUUGCCAACCGAGGAUAUUUCGAGUUCAAAUACGGACAUUGCUUUCCCUGACAUGAGUUCAGCCGACGAUAUUGUUAGCAGGGCUCGAGAGGAAAUCGAGAAAACAAUGGAGAAAGCAAUGGCGAGCCAACAGGGUGGACAAGAGUUUGAAGAAGUGAUUGAAUAUGUUGAACCUAUUCAGGAUCCGUAUGGAAAAGCCAUAAAAUAUCUCGAACAACACGAUAUUUUACAACUUUUUCAGGCUUUAACUGCAAAUAUAGUUUACUUUAAACCAGAGGAUCCUCUUAGUUACAUGAUGAAAGAAAUUGAAGUCAUAAAAAAGGAGAAAGCUGCUGCAAAAGCAGAAAAGAAGUGAAACUUGUACAGCAAACUUUGUUUUUUACAUAUCUGGGAGGAUUAAGUGAGUUGUAAACAAAGUGUUUUGUGCUUCAGAUGAAAAAGGAAUCAAAAUUUACAUCAUUUAUUUUGUGUCAUGAAGCGCGAUGAAAUGUGUGCAAUUUAAUUCAAAUCUUGUGUAUAAUCACAGAUAUACAACAACAAUAUGUUCAUGUUCCACAAACUUUACUUGUUGUAAAUUGCUUGCCACUUUACAGAUUUUACAAAUAUAGUUUAGUUGUCCAGUUUUUAAAGACACUAGUGUUUCAGAACUUUUUAAAGGGUUCUAAUUGUAAAUCUUUUAAUAAUUUUGUUUUUGUAACAAAUUUUGAGAUUAUGAUCAUCAAAUUGAAAUGGCAUUCUUACUAUCAAGUAUUAAGAUGUAAAAUAUAGAAACUUAUUUACACAUAUUAAAUAUAUUAUAUUUGUGGUUGUGUUAUGUGCCAAACUUGUUAAAUAGACUUAGAAGUAACUUAAUUUCUGUUACAGCAUUUCUUUUAAAAUCAUAAUAUAAAAAAAUG